AUGAAGCAGAUUGAGGCUCCUUUGAAUGAAGCCAAGGACGCGCAAAGCACCCUGGACAGUCACUUUGGGCUCAGCAGGGAGGUGGCCGUUGUGGCUCCUGCACCUUCCGUGGACGAUGAACAUGAUUCUGAGAUUGAAGAGGAAGAAUAUGGAUCUGAGGAAGAACCAGAUCCUGAACUGGAAGCUGCCCUCCAGGAGUUCAUGUUAAAGGUGGAGGACGACAUGAAGAAUGUGGUGUGUGACUCUGUUGUCGUGAUGAAAGAUCGAGUGUUUGAGGACAAGGACUUCGAUCCUGAGUGGGCCAAGAUAAUGAACAAAGCUGACUACAAGGAGUUCAGAGAGGCAAUGCUGAACCAGCCAGUCCCGCGCUGCUACCUGGACGAGGAGGGCUGUAGCCAGUUGAAGUGUAGCUGGGAGCAGUAUGCUUUGUCUGAGUUCUUUUACAACUGGGUGUGA